AUGAACAGUGCCGCGUUGCAGAUCCUCGAGCAAUUUAAUGCUGCGUUCACGCAGUUUCUCGAUCCUGCAACUCCUCAGGACCAACGAAAUGCAAUCGACCAAGCGUUCAUGGAUUUCGAGAAACAGCCGGACGCCUGGAAAAUCUGUCUCGAGUUGAUGGAUUUAACUGAUAAUUCAAAUAUCCACCUGGUGAUUCAGAAUACGUUUAUAUAUGUCAUGAAACACUCCUGGUUUCAAUUGGAUGAUGCGUCCAGAAAGAUAAUUCACGAGAAGGAGAUCUCCUUUUAUAUAAGCCACUACAAUUCCUAUCCCUCCAGUAUUAUGCAGCUGACCGCAAAAUCGAUCGCAUGGAUCUCUGUCAUGGAAGGCGAUGCGAGUCUUCAAGAUGUCCUUAGUUUCAUCGCUACGGGUCUGCAGAAUGCUAUGAAUUGCGACUCGCAGCUUCUCCUUCUUCUUGUAAUGCUCGAAGAGAUUUACGAAGCGGGCGAUUCGAUUCCUCUUCUAACGGAUCGAAAGGAAAGCGUGGAGCGUUUAAUCAGUGAAAGCGUAUCUGGAAUCAUCAAGUCUGUGAGUUUGAAUGCGAGCACAAUCGAGCUGUCGUUGCAGAUCAUCUUGUUGCUGAUCCCGCACAACAAUCUAUCGCAAGUAUUGGAUCCUUCGGUGAUCAAACCGCUUUUUAAGCUGAUUUACGACUACACAAACCCACUCAGUUUAGAAUCAAUCAAAUGCAUCAAUGAGUUGCUUAUGAAACGACUCAUCCCGUACUCCUAUCGAAACGUGUACAAUCUCAUCAUCAACACCAUUACUUCCAUAAUCGAUACUCUUUCCGAACACACCGACGACAUCCCCAUCAUUUACGUAAAGCGACUUAAUGUCAUGAUCUUCCAACUUGCGAGCAACUACAUUUCCGCCAUCGCCUUCAACCCCGAAUUCAACUUCCUAGGCUUUCUGCAAAGCCUCGUCAAAUUCACGCGUGCCCAAACCGAGCCGCGCUGCUACUUGCAGCUGUCUCAAAUCUGGAGCGUCGCGCUGGACUACCUCCUCCAAAACAACUGGGACAACGCGGAGCAAGCGUCGUUCCCCGACCUGCUCCACUUCGUGUUGUCCCUCGUGCUGCAGUCCAACCACCACCCCAUCCUCGCCGCCAGCGACCCCUCCCAGGACUUCCUCGAAGAAGAAGGCGACGUUCUGCAGGACGAGCCGGGCUGCCGCGAGGCCGACCUCCUCGACGACGUCACCGGCGACUUCAUCGAGAUCCCCGCCAGCGCCAUCGAGGAUCUCAGCGAGGCCGGCCGCGUGCUGCACCGCUCGCUCCUCCUCCUCUCCAAGCUGCUUCUCUUCCCCUCCGUCUACUGCCGCUGCGCGGGCUCCGUCUGGGAGCUCUGCCGCGGCUCGCUGCAGGCCGCCGCGCGGGAGAUCGGCAGCGGGGAGCUGCCGCCCUUGGUGAUCAAGGACUACUGUACGGUGCUGCGACUGCUGAGCUGCGUGGACUUCCGGGAGCGGAACCUGGAGGCGCUGGUGCUGCUGAGCCAGAUCAUCCAGUAG